AAUGUGGUAGUUCCGCCGCAUGACAACCUGAAAGAAGUGACUAUGAGAGCCUUUAAUGAGAUUCCUCAUGUUCCCUUUAGGUUUGUAUAUAUAAGGUGCAAUUGAGUAAACCUUUCAUCAACAAAACUAAAUUCAUUUCUACAUCUUCUUCUGCAAAUCAAAGUGAAUUUCAAUGGCUACCUCAAACAAAACGUUCCAUGCUCGUUCAAUCAGUUUACCCACCGAAUCUCAUCCUCUAACUCUUGCAGUUGAGGAGCAACUCUGCCGAUUAAGAUCUUCAGAACUAGCCACUUCAUCUUCAUCCAUCUCUAGCAAUUUAGCUUGCCUCAAGGACUUGUACGAAUGUGUUGAGGAUUUCCUUUCUACCCAUGAUGGGAAAUGUUUAGAUGCCGUCUUGGACGGAUCUAUCAUGCUGUUGGAUGUUUGCAGCACUGUUAAGGAUGUUUUGUCUCAAAUGAAGCAAUCUGUCCAAGAUCUUCAGUCGUCCAUCCGUAGACAUUCAAAUGAAGUCGACACAUAUAUGUCCUCCAGAAAAAAGGUCACCAAGGUGAUCCGAAAGUGCCUUGCAGAUCUUAAAAGAACUGCCACCAAAAAGAAUGAUGUCAGUCUUUUAAAGGAAGUUGAAGAUACCACACUAGCAGUUUUGGUAUCCAUACUAUCAUUUGUGUCUGAACCAAAACAGAACAAGUCUAUGAUUUCUAAGUUGAUGCCCACCAAAGGUGCAGCACAACAAAUUAGUGAAGUAAUGAAGAUCGAUAUCGCAUUAAAAUCCAAAGGCAUUGAAGUCAAAGAUGUCCAGAAGCCAUUGGAAGCAGUAGAGAUGAACCUUCAAGAUCUUGAAGUUGGACUUGAAUCUGUCUUCAGGUGUUUGAUCAAGAACCGAGUUUCACUUCUCAACAUUCUGAACCACUAG